GUCAUAACCAGUCGCUGUUUCUCUCUCUCUUUCUUCCAGAGCCUGCCAGCUGUGGUCGGGGGCACAGAAGCAGAAUGGAAGCCACAGCCUUAGAGAGCCUGAUUGAGAUGGGCUUCCCGCAGAACAGAGCAGAGAAGGCCCUCGCCUUGACGGGAAACCAGGGCAUAGAAUCGGCGAUGGAUUGGCUCAUGGAGCACGAAAACGACCCUGACCUGGAUGAGCCGUACGUAGCCCCGCAGGGCCACGUCCUGGCCGCGGAGGAGCCCCCCGAGGGAAGGACUGCGGAGUCUUCGGAGAACAGAUCAGAUCCUACGUUAGAGGAGCUGACGGAGGAAGACAACAGACGCCCCCUGAGCGAGGAAGAGAAACGGGAGCAGACGAAGAGGAUGUUGGAACUGAUCGCUCAGAAACAGCGGGAGCGCGAGGAGCGGGAGAAGCGCGAGAACAUCGAGAGGGAGAAGCAGCGCCGGAAGCAGGGCCAGGAGCUCUCCCUCAUCCGCCAGAAGCUGCAGGAGGACGAGAUGAAGAAGCUGGCCGAAGAGAGGCGCCGGGAGAAGCUGGAGGAGAAGCUGGCCAAGCAGCGGGUUCGAGAGAAGAUUGAACACGACAAAGCGGAGAGGGCAAAGAAGUUUGGCGGUGGCUGCAGCACCUCUUCCCAGUCGUCGGCCCCACCGGAGCCAGUGGCUCCCGCCCCGGUCCCUUCAUCGCCCAGCCAGGAGCCCCCCGUCAAACGGGAGUACGAUCAGUGCCGGAUACAGGUGAGGCUGCUGGACGGGACGUCGCUCACCCAGACCUUCAGAGCCAAAGAGCAGCUGGCGGCCGUCCGGCUGUACGUGGAGCUGAACCGCAGGGACGGCGGGGAGGACCCGUUCGUCCUCCUCACCAGCUUCCCGCGGCGCGUCUUCACGGAGGAGGACAUGGAGAAGCCCUUGCAAGAGCUGGGUCUGGUGCCUUCGGCUGUGUUGAUCGUGGCUAAAAAGGGCAACAGUUGAACGUUUGGCUCCUGCGCUCGCUUGGAUCUCAGCCCGCUUUCCCUCGCUGCUGCCCGUGGAGGUGACUCUCAUCUUUCCUUCUGCUCCACCUCUGGGUGUCGUCCUCACAGCCCCACUCCCCCCCCCCAAGUUUCUCACACCUGGCUCUGACUGUGGAGGACCCAAAGCAGCAGCAGCAGCAUCUCCUAGGGCUGGGAUCCUGAACGAGGGCUGAAGGAAUAGAGGGGCGGGAUGGGUAAAGAAGAUUUGGGCUUCCCCGGUGCCCCUGAAUGGGGAGGGAUUGGUUCGCAACUUGGACCAUCCUCCCUGGGGAGGGGGGCACCACGCCGUGAAUAAAACCUAUUCCUAUGCC